AUGCCUUCACGACUGAUCCCGGCCACGGCGGUCAAUCUCAUUGAGACUAGCCAACUGCGCAGGAGAUAUUAUAGUGCACAAGUGUACGCGCAGACACACCGUGCACUCUCUAUUCCUGUCACUCUCAUACUCCGGUGGGAUGACCACUCGACACGACCAGUGAUAGUUAAGGCGCAGGACCGACGGCUUUACGUACUCUCCGAUGCCCGAGGA